GUAACAUGCAUGUAUCACUAGCUGAAGCCCUGGAGGUUCGGGGAGGACCACUACACGAAGAAGAAAUAUGGGCUGUAUUGAAUCAAAGUGCUGAAAGCCUUCAAGAAUUGUUCCGUAAAGCUGAUCCUGCUGCACUGAGCUUCAUCAUUUCUCCCUGGUCUCUGCUGCUGCUUCCAUCCGGAAGUGUAUCGUUUACAGAUGAAAAUGUUUCUAACCAAGAUCUCCGAGCAUUCACAGCACCAGAAGUGCUCCAGAAUCAGCCACUUUCCUCUCUCUCGGAUGUUGAAAAGAUUCACGUUUAUUCUCUUGGGAUGACACUUUAUUGGGGAGCCGACUAUGAAGUUCCACAAAGCCAACCUAUCAAACUUGGAGACCAUUUAAACAGCAUACUGCUCGGCAUGUGUGAAGAUGUCGUUUACGCCCGCUUGUCUGCCCGAACCGUUCUGGACGCUUGCAGUGCUCACGUACGGAAUAGUAACUGCUCACCAUCUUUCUCAUAUGUGAAGCAGUUGGUGAAACUGGUUCUGGGAAGUUUAUCUGGGGUGGAUCAGCUUUCCUGCAUUGGGGACAGAAGGCUGCAGACGGAUAGGAGCCAGGCCAUCCGGGAGAGGCUGAGAGGAAAAGGUCUUCCCACAGGAAGAAGUUCAGCAGUUGAUGCUCCAGACAUUCACAAGAGUCAGUUCUCUCAACUGGCCAACCUUAACAAAGGGCUUAGCAAAUCGAUGGGGGUUUUGUCCAUCAGAGGCUCACAAGAUGGAGAAGAAUGUUGCCAAGGCCUUUCCUCCAAUUAUCACUCUGGCCAUGAAGAUGCCCCGAAUACUUGCUGCCCAUACCGGUGUAGAGCUGCGGACUUGGAAAGAAAAAGUAACGUUGGAGCCGAAGCCCGUCCGAAACGAAAAGGUUGGGCUUCCUCCUCAGACUUGCUGAGUGAUUCAGUGACAGAGAGAGACCAUGUUGGGGAUUCUCACAGACACCACCACCAUCACGCGGAGACGAUUGCGGCACGGUCUUCAGCAGCCGCUAGAAGCAAGGAGGGAAGAUAUUCUGAUGGGAGCUUAGCCCUUGAUCUGUUUGGUCCUCACAAACUAGAUCAGGCGCGCCAUGUGCCAGAGUUUUCAACAUCUGUGGCCAUUUCAAGUGCCUUUGACAGGAUCCGAGAGAGGCAGAAAAAACUGCAGCAGCUGAGACAAGCCAUGGAUGCUGAAGAACAUGGACGAAGAUACAGAUCUUACCACAAUGACAUAUACAAUACAGACAGUGAAAGUCCGUCCUUCAUUUCUUCUGAUGCAGAUUUUAGACAAGUGAAAAGAAUGGAAGGUUUAAAGAGAGAUGACUCCAGCGGCCCAAGUUCGGAUGACGUUUCUUCAGCAAAUCAAAUCCAGGGACAAAGAUCAAGGCAAUACGAAGCAUCACUUGACGGCAGCCUAGUAAGCCAAGAAGUAAUGCUCAAGCGGCAGGAAGAGGAGAUGAUGCAGCUGCAGGCUAAAAUAGCCCUCCGGCAGUCUCGGCUAAGCCUCUAUCCUGGAGACCUGGUGAAGACACCCAUUCUGGAUAUGUCCAGAGAUCCCCUAAGAGAAAUUGCUUUGGAAACAGCCAUGACCCAAAGGAAACUAAGGAAUUUCUUUGGUCCUGAAUUUGUGAAAACAACCAUUGAGCCAUUCACCUCUCUGGACCUGCCAAAGUCAAUUUUGAACAAGAAAGGGAAGAAUGAAGAGAGCCGUCGGAAAGUAAACAUCUUGCUUCUAAGUGGGCAGAGGCUGGAGGUGACCUGCGACACCAAGACGAUAUGCAAGGAUGUGUUUGAUAUGGUGGUGGCCCAUAUUGGUUUAGUGGAGCAUCACUUGUUUGGCUUGGCUACCUUAAAAGAAAAUGAAUUUUUCUUCAUCGAUCCAGAAUUAAAACUAACAAAAAUAGCCCCUGAGGGAUGGAAAGAAGAGCCAAAGAAAAAGAGCAAGAACACCAUCAACUUCUCCUUGUUCUUCCGUAUUAAGUUCUUUGUGGAUGAUUGCAGCUUGAUACAACACACUCUGACAUGUCAUCAGUAUUACUUGCAGUUAAGGAAAGAUCUCCUGGAGGAGAGGAUGCACUGUGACGAUGAAACAGCUUUACUGCUAGCAUCACUGGCUCUCCAGGCUGAAUAUGGAGAUUACCAAGCAGAGGUGCAUGGCCUGUCUUAUUUCAGACUGGAGCACUACUUACCACCUAGAGUGAUGGAGAACCUGGACCUUUCUCACGUCAAAGAAGAAUUGCCAAAACUGCAUAGCACUUACGCUGGAGCUUCUGAAAAAGAAGCCGAGUUGGAAUUUCUGAAGAUUUGUCAGAGGUUAACGGAGUAUGGUGUUCACUUUCAUCGCGUAUUGCCAGAGAAGAAGUCUCAGACUGGAAUUCUGUUGGGUGUCUGCCCUAAAGGAGUUCUUAUUUUCGAAGUUCACAACGGCAUCCGUUCUCCUGUCCUUCGCUUCCCAUGGAGAGAAACAAAGAAAAUAUCAUUUAGUAAGAGGAAAGUAACUCUGCAGAACACAUCCGAUGGUAUAAAACAUGCAUUCCAAACCGACACAAGCAAGACCUGUCAGUACUUGCUGCAGCUAUGCUCUUCGCAACAUAAAUUUCAGCUACAGAUGAGAGCCAGGCAAAGUAACCAGGAUACUCAGGAGAUUGAAAGAGCGUCCUUUAGGAGCCUCAACCUCCACACAGACUCUGUGAAAGGAUUUAACAUGGGCCGGGCAAUCAGCACAGGCAGCCUGGCCAGCAACACGCUGAGCCGCCUGGCUGUCCGGCCAUUGUCGGUUCAGGCAGAAAUCCUGAAGAGACUGUCCUGCUCCGAGUUGUCCCUCUUCCAGCCCCUCCAGGGUUGCUCCAGAGACAAGAACGAGAAGCAGUCGUGGGAAGAAAGGCCCAAGAUCAUGAGCAAAUCCUUCCACGAUCUGAGCCAGAGUCAGAUCUCGGUCAGCCCUUUUCGGAAAAACGUCAUUGGCGCUGCAGACUCUUCUUCGCGAAGGAUGGAAGAAUUAAUGGGGAAAAUCUUCCAACCGGUGCCAAAAACUGAUGCGGAAUCAGCGUCUGGAGCAGCAAAGUUGAAUAAUUUACAGUCUCAUGCAGGUUUAAAUGCCAGCCUAGAAAGAAAGAAAAAUGAAUCAGACUCCUCCUCCACCGAAGAUACUGGCCAAGCCUAUGUUCUAGAUGUACAAACAAAACAGAAUGUGAUUUCAUUGCCAGAGAGGGAGAUCAACUUGGUAAAGUUGAAAAAAGAUGAAAAGUACGGCUUAGGGUUCCAGAUCACUGGUGGGGAGAAGACUGGAAAACUUGAUCUUGGAAUUUUCAUUCGUUCCAUAACUCCCGGAGGACCAGCUGAUCUGCAGGGGUCAUUGAAACCAGGAGAUCGCCUGAUAUCGGUGAACAGCAUGAGCUUGGAAGGAGUCAGCCACCAUGCAGUGCUCGAAAUUCUGGAGAGGGCUCCCAGCGAUGUGACCCUUGUCAUCUCCCAGCCUAAAGAGAGGCCGACCAAAGAAUUGCUGAGUCUCUUCAGCGGUUCGAGAGACUAUUUAAAGGGGCCUUCGUGGGCACAGGACAAUGAGGCAGAGUCGUCUUCUGAGGAGCACAGCAGGCCUCCCUGCCACCAGAGACCCUCUUCAGGGAGUCCACCCGGCCUUCGCUCAGGCAAACGAGACGGGAGCCUGAGCUCUCAGGACUCCAGGACCGAGAGCGCCACCCUGUCCCAAAGUCAGUCCAACAGUGUCUUUGGCAACCAUGUCAACGACAAGGUACAGCAGGAACUGCAGCAUUGCCACAGCUCCCAGCUUGGCUUUUCUGGUGGCAAUGAGAAGAACAGAACUUCCUCUGAGACGAACCAAACAAAAACGAAACGGGUUGGAGUGGUGGAGAAUGCGGAAUAUUCUGACCGAGGGGAUUCUGAUAUGGAUGAAGCAACUUUCUCCAGCAGCCAGGAGCAGAUGCUAGCUAAAAAGGAGCCUUCUUCUAUGAAUUCGGCCAGCUCGGUGAAUUCUAAAAAGCUUUCUGCACCGCCUCUUAAACCAGGAGAUGUCUUUGAGGUUGAACUAGUCAAAAAUGAGAACGGCUUGGGAAUAAGUGUCACGGGGGGUGUCAACACCAACGUGAGACAUGGAGGCCUGUAUGUGAAGGCUGUUAUUCCUAAAGGAGCAGCGGAGGCAGAUGGCAGGAUUCGAAAAGGUGACCGAGUUCUGUCUGUCAAUGGUGUUUCUUUGGAAGGAGCUACCCAUAAACAAGCUGUAGAAAUCCUGAGGAAUACUGGCCAGGAGGUCCACCUUGUAUUGGAAAAGGGGCAGUUUCCAGCUACCAAAGUGCAUGCUCCUGUGACUCCACAGUACACACCUCCAGUCCAGUCCAGUCAAGGUGUCACUCCAGAGAAACCUGUAAAGAAGACUUUAAGUACCAGGGACUAUAACUUUGUCACUGAUGAAAACACCUUUGAGGUGAAUCUAAUAAAAAAUAGUUCCGGCCUGGGCUUCAGUUUCUGCCGUGAAGACAGUGUUUCUCCAGAACAGCCAGGUUCCAGCAUAGUCAGGGUUAAAAAACUUUUCCCUGGACAACCCGCAGCAGAAAGUGGGCAGAUUGAAGUCGGGGACGUCAUCCUGAAAGUGAAUGGUGCUUCGUUGAAAGGAUUGUCCCAACAGGAAGUCAUCUCAGCUCUCAGAGGAACAUCCCCCGAAGUUACUCUUCUCCUCUGCAGGCCUCUCCCUGGAAUCCUACCAGAAAUUGAUCCUUCUUUGUUGACACCAAUCCAUUCCCCACAGCAGAUUUUCUCAGAUCACAGUAAAGGUAACUCCCGGCCCUUGAAUGGAGAACAAGAAGACAGUUCAGAUGAAAACGAAGCUCCUGACCAGGGCAAGAAGCGGAUCAAGUCCCCUGCUAGGAGAGACAGCUACAGCGAUAGCAGUGGGAGCGGAGGGGAAGAGCCUGCCGCAAGCACAGCCCAGAUCUCAAGCAGCAGAUGGACCUCCGCUCUGUACCAGACUCCAAGCAAAUCAACGGCUCGAGCACAUAGUCCUUUCGAGACUCCCUGCAGUCAGAAGGAGGCUAUUCGCACAAUAUAUUACUCCCCUCAUGAGUUGUCUAGGAAACUAGAACUCGAGGAAGGUAGCCCUCCAUCUUCUCUCCUGGUGGAUUUGUCGCCAGUACAAAACUGCAGAACCGUCACACCUGGCUCAGCAGAUGAAAACUACGCCUCUCCCGUAUCAGAGUUCUCAACUCCCCAGGGAGGGCUGGCAUCGCUUUUCAACCAACUUGAGAAAAAUGCUGAUGAAUACGAACCGGAGGUGGAGCUCCAUGUGACCCUGACAAAAUCAGAAAAGGGCAGCCUUGGUUUCACAGUGACCAAAGGCCACGAAAGUGUUGGCUGCUACAUCCACGAUGUUCUUCAGGACCCUGCCAAAAGUGAUGGGCGAUUACGACCCGGAGAUCGCCUCAUCAAGGUUAAUGACACAGAUGUGACAAACAUGAGCCAUACAGAUGCCGUCAGUUUUCUUCGAUCAGCCCCAAAGACAGUCAGACUGGUGCUUGGACGUGUUCUGGAGUUACCCAAGAUACCCGUGUUGCCGCACAUGCUGCCCAACAUUAGCCUGGCGUGCCAUAAAGAAGAACUGGGUAUCUCUCUCGCAGGCGGUCAUGAUAGCCUUUAUCAGGUGGUCUAUAUUAGUGAUAUCAGUCCAAAGUCUGCUGCGGCCAUGGAAGGAACUCUCCGCACAUUAGACAUCAUCCAUUACAUUAAUGGGAUCAGCACUCAGGGAAUGUCUUUGAAAGAAGCUAAGAGGACGCUGGAGAUGUCACUUCCUGUGGUGGUGCUGAAGGCAACGAGAGAUGCUCAUCCGGUGUUUCCAAAGAAUAAAAGCACAGCGAGCUCCAGUCCAAAGUCAAUCAAACCUAAUGGUCAUCUUAUAGGUGAGUCUUUUGGCAGAGCAGAAACAGGACUUGAUGCACAUGCACCCAAGGUUAAUGGUGACCUGAUCAAUAGUCACCAGAAAAAAGGGCCAGGGAAUGUCACUGUAUCUAAAGAGACGUCCUCGGGUGAUGCUACUAAUCUGGCCUCGGAUUUUUCCAACUACAAUAACAACUCCGAGGUCCAAGAGGAUGACGAUGAUUCUUAUGAUGAGGAUGAUCACAACGAAGUCAUUCAGUACCUUUUGGACGUUGUAGAUGAAGAAGCCCAGAACUUGUUAAACCGGAGCAAUGCCAUAUCUGGGAAUCAUCUGUCAGAGGCAAAUGGGAAGCUUACAGAAGAAAAAUCAGAAGACACAGACUGUGAUGGAUCAUCUUUGCCUGAAGAUUUUCCAGAGCCACCACAAAUAAAUGGCUGUGAAGAUCAUUGUAAUGACAGAGGGAUUUCUGAAAGAUUACCUCGGCAAUCUUCAGAAGGCCAAGGAGAUGACGAUGAGAUUACGUGGGGUAGCGAGGAGCUCCCGAUUGAAUCAAUCAACCAGAAGAAACCUGUUGAAGAUCGCCCAUUGAUAACAGACAAAGAGCUUGCGGCACUUCCUGUGGUCCAAGUGCUUCCUUCCGGCAAAUAUACAGGAUCCAAGUUGAAGUCCACGGUGCGAAUGCUGCGGGGCCUGUUGGAACAGGGCGUCCCUUCUAAGGAGAUUGAGAAUCUUCAGGACUUAAAGCCUUUGGAUCAGUGUUUGAUUGGCCAAACAAAAGAAAACAGGAAGAAGAACAGAUAUAAGAAUAUACUACCUUAUGACACCACAAGAGUGCCUCUGGGGACCGAAGGCGGCUACAUCAACGCCAGCUUCGUCCGGAUGCAAGUGGGGAGCAAAGAAUAUGUUUAUAUUGCUUGCCAAGGACCCCUCCCUACUACUGUGGCGGACUUCUGGCAAAUGGCCUGGGAACAAAACUGCACUGUCAUCGCCAUGAUGACCCAGGAAGUAGAAGGGGAGAAGAUCAAGUGCCAGCGGUACUGGCCCGAUGAACUGGGCAAAACCACGAUGAUCAACCACAGGCUCCGGCUCGCCCUUGUGAGGCAGCAGCAGCUCAAAGGCUUCGUUGUGAGGGUCAUGGAGCUAGAAGACAUUCACACGGGCGAACUGCGGCACGUGUCCCAUUUGAACUUUACUGCCUGGCCGGAUCAUGACACGCCCUCCCAGCCAGAUGAUUUGCUCACUUUUAUAUCCUACAUGAGGCACGUCCACAAAUCAGGACCAAUCAUCACUCACUGCAGUGCAGGCAUUGGACGAUCGGGGACGCUCAUUUGCAUUGACGUGGUCUUGGGACUCAUCGGCCAAGAUCUAGAGUUUGACAUCUCAGACAUCGUGCGCAACAUGCGCCUGCAGAGGCAUGGAAUGGUGCAAACUGAGGACCAGUAUAUUUUCUGCUAUCAAGUUAUCCUUUAUGUCCUAAAACGUCUUCAAGUCGAAGAACAGCAGCAGAGAAACAACUAAAUGUGAAAGCCAAGUAUGCUUUUAAAUGGGGGCGGUGGGGUUGGACAGAGAAAAAGAGGUUCCUGAAGAAUUCAGGCACCAUCUAACACUACAGAAUCCAAGUGGUUUAAUGUUCAUUCUGUCUGUCUCAAAGGUUAUUCCUGCCACAGAAUCCUCAGUGAACCAUAAUUUACAGAAAACCUUGGGGGGAAGCUGGGACUGCUGAACUGGUAUCAAGCUAAUAUGUAUUUGUGGCACAAGUGUGCCGUCAUGAGUGCGGUCUUGCCAAUAGGGUCCCAGUUUCUGACAAGCAUCAUGUACCCCUGCACUCCCCCGACUUCUGAAUGGUACAGAGCCUUGGGUCCCAUUGGACGGUGCUGCAGUUAGUGCAGUUUUUGGACAUUCUGACAAACAAUUGACAUUUUUAAACAGCUUUCUGUUUUUCCAAGAAGUAUUAAUGUCUCCUACGGUUGUUAUUUUUUUCUUCCCAGCUAUUUUAUAAUAUAUUCUAAUGCUGGGGAUGAUGGGCAGGGUGGGGGGAGAGAUACAAACAGUAUUUUAUCCUGGUGGACUUUCUUACAGGGACAUUUGUAUUAGUCUGUUUUUAAAAAUGUUUGUUUAUAGCAGAGCUGUCUUUUUCCAGCAUUUUUUUAAAAAGAUACGGUAGAGCUUUUUAUAGAAAAUACUUGAAAUCAGUAUUUAAGCUUUACAUCAUAUUAGCAUAGGGGAAAGUAGCAAACAUUGAACUGUAAGUAUCACAUGUUAUAUUGUUUACUUUAUAGAGACUUAUGUAUAUAUUUAUAUACUUUUACAAAAAAAAUGUUGAAUUAUCAGGUGUCUGAGUGUAUAACUACUGAGACACCUCCACAGUGUAAAUAAAAAUACACUUUUAAAAUAUGAAAAA